AUGAACCCCACCUGUGCGGCCUUUCUACUCUACCUUCUUCCCUUGGCCACAACGAACAGCCUUUUUGCUGACUUCGUAAAUGGCAAGGGACCGUACAAACAAGAAGAAGCGUUGCGUUUCCUCGACAAGAUGGGUCGGCUGAAUCGUCUACAAGCUAAAAUUCUCGAUGUCAAUGUAAACAUUACCUCAAACGAUCAAAUCGAAACAAGAAUUGCUGAUGAUAGAGUUCUUAAUAAGCCUGAUGAGAUUCCAUAUUUGUUUGAAGGAGAUAUGGUUCUUACUGACGAACAAUUCGACGAAAUCAUUAAAAAUGUCAACGAUCAACUCUGGGCCAGACAGGGCAAGACUGGACAAUUCUUGUCAGCUAUCCGAGGAAAACGGUCGAUGACGUCAACAUUGUUUCUCCGUUGGUCGUUUCCAAUUCCAUAUUACAUUAAUACAGCAAGUGGAGUUGAUACAUAUGCUGUUCUCGCUGGUGUUCAGAAAUGGGAAGAAGAGACCUGCGUUAGAUUUAGCAGACAAAACUCUCGAGUGUACGGGAAUGGAAUCGAAUUCUUUCAAGGAAGCGGCAUGGGCAAACUCAUCUUGGUUGGGUCAGUCGCGGUUUCGGCAUGUAUUCUUGUCACGGUAUUCACUAUGGGAUCUCUUAUACAAGAGAUCAGCGACAUUCAACUUGAAGUCGAGGAAGGAAUGACCGAAUUCCGAGAGAUCCACCAAGACACCUGGAACCGCGUGCUUUCUAAGCACUUGAACCCAACCGGUGCUUCAGACGCUCCUCCAACAUUCCAAACUUUGUUCGGAGUACGUAGAUCUCGUCAAUCUGGAUUCCCAGAGCAGUGCAACUGCGGACCACGAUCGGAGAACUGCCCACCUGGACCUCCAGGAGUUCCAGGAACUCCAGGAGAGAAGGGAGCACCAGGACCAGAUGGAGACGAUGGAACUCCAGGGGCUCCAGGAGUCGUCGUUGCUGUUACUCACGAUAUUCCCGGUGGUUGCAUCAAGUGCCCACCAGGAAAGCCAGGACCACGUGGACCACCUGGAGAGGUUGGACCAGCUGGACCUUCGGGAGGCAACGGGCGCCCAGGACCACCAGGACCACCAGGAGGACCAGGAGAGCCGGGAGAGGGAGGAGACGCUGGAAAGCCAGGAAAUCCAGGACGUCCAGGACCACCAGGACCACGCGGAGAACCAGGAGUCGAAUACAAGCCAGGAAAUCCAGGACGUCCAGGACCACCAGGUCCACGCGGAGAGCCCGGACCAGCUGGAAAUCCAGGAGCUCCAGGAAACGAUGGAGAGCCAGGAAAGAACGGCAAUCCAGGACGCCCUGGACCACCAGGACAUCCAGGAAAGAACGGUCAACCAGGAGGCCGUGGAGAGGACGCUGCGCCAGGACCAGACGCUGGAUACUGUCCAUGCCCAUCCCGUGCUGCCUACAAGGCAUAA